AUGCACACCGGGUCUGAUUUUGCUGGUCCGUUUAAGGUCACGCUCACUCGCGGGCGUGGUAUAAGAUCCACAAAAGCUUACGUCUGCAUUUUCGUAUGUCUGACUACUCGGGCUGUGCAUAUAGAACUCGUUGGUGAUCUAAGCACAGCGGGCUUCAUGGGUGCAUUUAAAAGAUUUAUUUCCCGCCGUGGCCCUGUAAGUAAAUUGUAUUCGGAUAACGGUACAAACUACGUCGGCGCGAAACGUAUUUUAUCAGAACUACAUGAGCUUUUAACCCGUAAAUAUUAUAACUCGGAGUUCGCUCACAUCCUAGCCGAGAACCGCAUCGAGUGGUCUCUGAACGUCCCGGCCGCGAGCCAUUUUGGGAGAAAUUGGGAGACUAAUAUUAAGAGUCUAAAGAGUCAUUUAUACCGAGUAAUAGGAGAUCAAAUUUUGUCCUUCGAAGAGUUAAGUACCGUGCUUGCUCAAAUUGAGUGCGUCAUGAAUAGUCGCCCCCUUUGUCGUACGUUGUCAAGUGACCCCUCGGAGCCACUGGCUCUAACUCCAGCACAUUUUUUGAAUUUAAAGCCUUUGAAGUAUCUGCCCGCCAUAGACAUGGACGAGAACAAACUUAGUAUUUUCGCGCGCCAUAAAUUAUUGGACCGGUUGGUGCAGUCGUUUUGGAAACGAUGGAGGAUGGAAUACUUGCAUAAGUUGCAGUCUCGGCAAAAAUGGAACAUAACAUCUGAACCUUUAACUGUCGGAACUGUGGUUGUGCUCACCAAGGAGAAUACGCCGCCUCUCCAUUGGCCAUUAGGGUUCGUCAAAGAAGUUUUUCCCGGUUCCGACGGUUAG